GCCAUCCGGGAAGAUAUUGAAUUUUAGAGGACUUAGUUUCCCUAUGGCGAUAAAAAAUAUCAAGGAUUUUGAGGCUAAUAAUGAAGAUAUAAGUAUUAAUGUCUUCGGCUAUGAUGGAAAUCAGAUAGUUGGACCCUACUAUCUUACCCCAAAACGAAGGAAUCAUCAUAUUAACUUGAUGCUUCUUCAUGAGGGCGACAAGUUCCACUACAUAUUGAUUAUGGAUAUGUCACGGUUAUUACGUUCGCAGUUGACAGCACAUAAAGGUAGAUCAAUCAUUUGUGAUGGUUGCAUACAAAGUUUCACCACGGAAGCCGUAUAUGAAAAAUAUGAGAAGGAGUGUGUUGGGGUCGUAACGGAUAUGCCAAAGGAGGGAGAAAACAUCAUUCGUUUUAAAAACUACCACAAAAAAAAGAGAGUACUAUUUGUGGUCUAUGCAGAUGCCGAAUGUAUCCUAGUGGAUUGGAACCCGGAGAACCUCAACACAAACACAGUUACGAUGUCUUACUAUUGGCUAACGUGUUCGAAAACUUCCGAAGUUUAUUUCACAGUGCCAUCACUAUCUUGGGACGCCAUGUUUCUGUGCACGGGUGUUGAAUUAGAGCUAUUUACAGAUAUUAACAUGUAUAGUUUCUGUAAAACUGGCAUUAGAGGUGGACUUACACAAUGUUCAAAUGCCAAUAGUAAACACACUGCGGACUAUGACCCUAGUAAAUCUGAGGUGAAUAUUUAUUAUUUAGACGUCAACAAUUUAUAUGGUAAAGCAAUGACACAAUGUUUGCCACAAAAAGGUUUUUAG